AUGGCCGGGCAAAUUGCGCUCCGCCGCUGGAAACCGUUCUUGGCGGCUUUCGACCACGUCGACGCCGCUAUCGAGGCCGCCGACCUGGCGCUCUCCCGCGACGAGUUCCGGUGCGUGAGGGGGCAGAUCGUGGAGCUGCUCUGCGACGCCUCGGACGACGGCAAGGCGGAGGAGCUCUGCCUCGUGCUCGACGACGCGAUGGCCCUAUCGCUUGUCACGCUGCAGUCGGUGCCCACAGAGGUGGUGCCGAGGAUCCUGGCGUCGUCCGCCGACCUCGCCCAGGCCGUUGGCGCGCUGAGGGGCCACGAGUCGGAGCGAGUCCGCGGGCUCGCCCGCGACGUCGUCCGCGGCUGGAGGGCGUCCGUGGAGGACUACAUCGUCAGGGUCAACGCAGCCAUGGAGAAGCUGGAUGCUCUGUCGCAGCUUCUGCCAUCCGAGAGCACGGCGUUCCACUUAUCCGACGGCCGCAGCGACAACGUGCCCUCGAAUCAUGACGCUAAGACGAAGAACCAAGCUAAGAUCCAGGAGAGCCAGCCGUGUCGUCCCAGGAAGACGGCUCCCGUCGUCGUCGGCCCUGGUCGUGUGAAGGCGGCAGAGGCCUCUGAUCUUUUGCCGAAGAAGACGAUACCGGUUGUUGGCAGCCAUGGCGUGAGGACGGAGAACACGAAAGCUUCAACCAAGAUUCCAGUGUCGCCACCCAAGAAGAAGCCGCCUUUCCUUGGCCGCACCGCCGGCGACGACCGUGUGAUGCGUUCCAGUCCCGAGGACAAGAUGGAGGCUACGAAGCGCAAGCUCCGUGAGGGCUACCAAGAUGUGGAAGACGCGAAGCGGCAACGCAAGAUACAAGUCAUUCAGGCGCCGAAGAUGCUCGAGCAGAAGCAGAGGAAGAUGCACCCCAUCAUGCGGGAGCGGAGCCGAGCGAGAUGCGCGAGCUCGACGGCCGUGAGGCGUUCUUUGAUCUCGUCGUUUCAGAGGGUUUAG